AGAAUACACAGCAUCUUGAGCCAGGGUUUAAAUUCAUCCCUCUCUGCCUGGCUUCUCGCAAAGCUCUGCUUGUCAGCUUCCCUCUGUCUCCUCUAACGACUCUAAUAUUCCCUUAAAAAUAACAUCAUUCUGGAUUCUUUGGAAUUACUAAGGUGGCAAAAGAGAUCAUGGUGCAGACGAUAGGGAUCUGAUCUGAGCACUCUGAGGCAGAAGAAGCAGGGAACAGAGCAAGCGAUCGAAGGAGCAUCAUUUCUACGGAAUGAUUGAAGAUUGUGGGAAAAGAGGAAAUACCAUGGCAGAAAGAAGGCAGCUGUUUGCAGAAAUGCGGGCUCAAGAUCUGGAUCGCAUUCGUUUGUCCACCUACCGAACAGCAUGCAAGCUUAGAUUUGUUCAGAAGAAAUGCAACUUGCAUCUGGUGGACAUCUGGAACGUGAUAGAAGCCUUGCGGGAAAACGCAUUGAACAACCUGGAUCCCAACAUCGAACUGAACGUGGCUCGCCUGGAAGCUGUGAUUUCAACUAUCUUCUACCAGCUCAACAAACGGAUGCCGACAACCCACCAGAUCAAUGUGGAGCAAUCCAUCAGCUUACUGCUCAACUUCUUGCUAGCAGCCUUUGAUCCGGAAGGGCAUGGUAAAAUUUCCGUUUUUGCUGUCAAAAUGGCCUUGGCAACUCUUUGUGGAGGAAAGAUCAUGGACAAAUUAAGAUAUAUUUUCUCAAUGAUUUCCGACUCCAGUGGAGUGAUGGUUUAUGGCAGAUACGACAUGUUUCUGCGGGAGGUUCUCAAGCUGCCCACGGCUGUUUUCGAAGGGCCUUCAUUUGGUUAUACUGAGCAAUCGGCAAAAUCCUGUUUCUCGCAACAGAAAAAAGUCACAUUAAACACUUUCUUGGAUACUCUCAUGUCUGAUCCCCCGCCACAAUGUCUGGUGUGGUUACCACUUCUGCAUCGACUGGCAAAUGUUGAAAAUGUCUUCCACCCCGUCGAGUGUUCCCCCUGCCACAGCGAGAGCAUGAUGGGGUUUCGCUACCGCUGUCAGCAGUGUCACAAUUACCAGCUCUGUCAGGACUGCUUCUGGAGGGGCCAUGCCAGCGGUUCCCACAGCAACCAGCACCAAAUGAAAGAGUACACGUCAUGGAAAUCACCUGCUAAGAAGCUAACUAAUGCACUUAGCAAGUCUUUAAGCUGUGCUUCCAGCCGUGAACCUUUGCACCCAAUGUUCCCUGACCAGCCUGAAAAACCUCUAAACCUGGCUCAUAUUGUAGAUACUUGGCCCCCCCGACCGGUAACCAGCAUGAACGACACACUCUUCUCCCACUCUGUUCCCUCAGGAAGUCCUUUUGCAAACAGAAGAAAAAGCACCCUACAAACUGUCAAGUUACUUGGGGGUAUAAAUGCAGCCAGUCCUGUGGCUGAUGAGCAUUCUCUUAUAAAGCUGUAUGUAAAUCAGCUUCACAACAAUUCACGCUCUCCUUCCAAGAAUACUGAAGUAGAGCAGAGCAAACUGCUGGCUAGGGCUGCUCCAGCUUUCUUGAAAGGCAAAGGGUUACAGUACAGCCUCGAUGUUGCAGACAGGCUGGCCGAUGAACAUGUACUCAUCGGGUUGUAUGUCAACAUGCUGCAGAGCAACCCCGCACGCGUGCUCGACAGCGCAAGUCGCCUGGAUGAAGAGCAUAAGCUGAUCGCCAGGUAUGCAGCAAGGCUGGCAGCAGAAACUUCUUCAUCACAGCAGGGUCAGCAGAGAGGGGCAUCAGAUAUCUCCUUCACCAUUGACGCAAACAAGCAACAAAGGCAGCUGAUUGCAGAGCUUGAAAAUAAAAACCGAGAAAUCCUACAGGAGAUCCAGAGGCUGCGACUUGAACAUGAGCAAGCAUCUCAGCCCACACCGGAGAAGGCACAACAAAAUCCCACUCUACUUGCAGAGCUCCGGCUCCUGAGGCAGCGGAAGGAUGAGCUGGAACAGAGGAUGUCUGCUCUCCAGGAAAGCCGGAGGGAGCUUAUGGUUCAGUUAGAAGGCCUCAUGAAACUGCUGAAGGAAGAAGAACUGAAACAGACCCAAGGUGCAGGCUCCCCGCGUUCCUCACCCAGCCACACUAUCAGCCGACCGAUUCCAAUGCCCAUCAGGUCUGCCUCUGCCUGCUCCACCCCAACCCACGCACCUCAGGACUCUCUGACCGGGGUGGGAGGAGAUGUGCAGGAAGCCUUUGCACAAAGUGCAAGACGAAACUUAAGAAAUGAUUUGCUGGUGGCAGCAGAUUCAAUCACCAACACCAUGUCUUCUUUGGUAAAAGAACUAAAUUCUGAAGUGGGCAGCGAGACAGAAAGCAAUGUGGAUUCUGAAUUUGGACGGACCCAUUUUGACGACCUUGUUCCGUCCCCAACGUCUGAGAAGGCUUUCCUCGCGCAGAUCCAUGCCCGGAAGCCAGGGUACAUCCACAGCGCUGCUGCCACCGGCUCCAUCCGCAGUGACAUGGUUACAGAAGAUGGAGACCCCUAUGUCAGAGCAGAUGAUGAAAAUUAUGAGAAUGACUCUGUCCGCCAGCUGGAGAAUGAACUGAAAAUGGAGGAGUACCUGAAGCAGAAGCUGCAGGAUGAGGCAUACCAGGUCAGUUUGCAAAGUUGAGUGCAAUAUCCUUCUCUCUCUCCUCUCAAGCAAGCUGCAGUCAGACAGACAACGAAAGCUACGUAAGAACUGAUGAUGAGGAGAGCUGCUUUCGGACAGAUGAUGAAGAAAACUCGGCUGCGAACUUCACAGAAGAGUGGAACCAAGAGGUGCAGCGUCUCUUGACAAAAAAAUCACAUAACUAAGUUCUGAGGACUGUAGCACAGUACUUUUGUUCUAAGAGUUGUAGUUUGUAGAUGUGUGUUUUUGACAACAAGACUUUUGUUUAAAGCUAACUUUCAUUAGCUACAUCUUCUGUAACAUGGCUCAUUACCGGUGAAGAAAACAGACUGACGUACGUACUGCUGUUACAAAGGAUGGCGGUAUUAAUAACUCACGUAAACCCUUUGCACAUGAUAUUGAACCUGUUCAGUUUACAAUGACAAUACUGUUUAUAGAUAGAAAUUUGAUUUCUGAAUACAUUGAGAUUUUAGUAGAUCAGUUUACUAUACACUGUACAUUUUUUCCACAGAAGAAAUAAAAAGCUACAAUUUUGCAUUUAACACUGAAUUAUUAUACUCCUGAGUGUAUAUAUCUAGUAGCCCAAAAAACAAAGUACCAGACUAUAUUUGCAAUUUGUUUGCAAGUCUUUAAAUUAAGACUUAUACAAAAUGUACUAAAAUAAUAAUAAUAUAAUUAAUAAUAAUAA